AGUUAAAUUUGCUUCCAAGGGGUGGGGCAUCAGAGCCAAAGGUUAUGAUAGUUCCCCAAAUCGACUUUGCUCUCACUUUUCGCGUUCGACCGUUUGUCUUCUGCGAAGCUUUCUUCAUCUCAAGUUUGGAAACCCACGCUUGUUACAAUGGCAGCGGUUGGAAAUCGUGGAACUGUGACUGAGGCUGCUGGUUUCAAUGCAGAUGAGGAUGCACAAGCACUUAGAAACGCCAUGAAGGGGGCUGGUACUGAUGAGGCAGCCAUCAUUAAGGUUCUAGCUCACCGCACAAAUGCUCAAAGACAACGCAUCAAAGAGGCCUACAAGCAAAUGGUGGGGAAGGACCUAAGUGAAGAGCUGCAGUCAGAGUUGAGUGGAAACUUUCAGAAGGUAGUUUUGGGCCUCCUGAUGCUCCUGCCUAUCUAUGACGCCUAUGAGCUGAAUACCGCAAUGAAGGGUAUGGGAACAGAAGAAGCUUGUCUGAUCGAUAUUCUUUCUUCAAGGACAAACGCCGAGAUAAAGACCAUCAAUUCCUUCUAUAAGAAAGAAUAUGGAAAGGACGUUGAAGAUGACGUAUGUGGGGACACGUCAGGAAUGUUUCAGCGGGUUCUGGUCUCUUUACUCACGGCUGGACGUGAUGAAAGCAACACGGUUGACGAGGCCCUGGUCGCACAAGAUGCUAAGGAAAUUUAUGAGGCUGGCGAGGCUCGAUGGGGAACAGACGAGGUUAAGUUCCUCACUGUGCUCUGUGUGAGGAACCGAGCUCAUCUGCUGCGAGUGUUUGAGGAGUAUCAGAAAAUCUCCGGGCGGGAUAUCGAGGACUCCAUCAAAAGAGAGAUGUCUGGGUAUCUGGGGGAAGUCUUCUUUGCAAUAGUGAAAUGCAUGAGGAACAAGCCAGCCUUCUUUGCAGAGCGAUUAUACAAAUCAAUGAAGGGGCUUGGAACCACCGACACCGUCCUCAUCCGAAUCAUGGUCAGCAGGGCUGAAAUUGACAUGUUGGACAUUAAGGCGGAGUUCCUGAAGAUGUACGGCAAGACUCUUUAUUCCUUCAUCAAGGGCGACACAUCCGGUGACUAUCAAAGGAUUCUGCUCGAUCUGUGUGGAGGAGAGCAGUAGCAGUACAACCCCACCCAGCUGCUUGCAGUCUGCUGCGCAUCCAAUGCCGUUACCACUUUAUAGCUCGCUACCCCCGCCCCAGUGGUUAUCCCAUACCCAGUGCCCCAGCAUUUCAAUGACUGAAUAGUGCCUUAUUUCAUGAUUUUUAAUGCUAAUUAAACCAAACCGUGGUGACCUUUUA